UACGAAAUUUUAGCUGCCCUAGAAGGCUAGAAUUACUUGGGAGACGCCUUCCAAGCUACUACCGACUCUCUCGGCGCUUCUGCCCGCUCCUUCCUACGACAGUCAUUCCUUCUGUUGAGUCAGGAUCUUCAACAAGUUUCUCAAUGGCCGCCAACAAUGUCGCAGAUAAUAUUGGAAAGGAGCAGAUACUUGAAAUUGCAAAGAGCGAAAUUGAGCUGAAAGUGGAUCUUUUCAACAGACUGACAAACGUAUGUUUUGACAAGUGUAUUGAGAAAAGGUAUAAGGAAUCUGAGCUAAACAUGGGUGAAAACAAUUGCAUUGACCGUUGUGUUGCAAAAUAUUGGCAGGUGACAAAUUUAAUUGGGCAACUACUUGGUCCGAGCCAGCCUUCCAUGUGAAACAUCUUAUCUGAUUGAGACUGAAAUACUAUCUGGCCCAUAGGCAACGCACUCAAUUUUUGGUGCUAAAACAUGUAUUGUUUUGCGACAUUUUGCUUAACACCACUUAUUUCUUUUCAUUGCUUCUAUUAUAGUUCAGAAGGCCAAAUAUUGUUUAGUUUCGUAUUAAACUAUAUCACCUAAACAUGAUGAUUCAUGGUCGUUAACUGGCUGUUGAAUGUAAUUUUGACAUGGCACAUGUUGCUCAAGCGCCCUAGUUGAGAUGUUAUACAAGGGAGAUGAAACAAAA